AUGGUCAAUAUUCUUCCCAAAGUCCCCAAGACCCCCUUGGUCGUAGGAGGCAAGGAGUACCCAGAAGUGAACUGGUGGAAGCACAAAUGUCUCAUCCACUUGCAUUUUCUGUGCGCAAUUUUGCUAUUGUCGUCAGCCACAAACGGCUAUGAUGGAUCCAUGAUGAACGGUCUGCAAACCCUGAGCUAUUGGCAGAACAAGUUUCACCACCCCUCCGUUUCUACCCUCGGGCUUCUGAACGCCAUCUUCUCCGUUGGACAAGUUGUUGGCUUACCUCUCGUGCCUUUCUUCGCGGACCACAUUGGCCGCAAGUGGACUAUCCUGCUUGGAAGUUCCCUCAUCUUCUUGGGUGUGAUCCUGCAGACAGUCUCUAUCAACAUUGGCAUGUUCAUUGCUGCCCGGUUCAUCAUCGGACUCGGAAUCGUGUAUACCCAGAGUUGCUCUCCGAUGCUCAUUACCGAACUGUCUCACCCUCAAUAUCGUGCGAGGCUGACGACCAUUUAUAACACUCUGUGGUAUCUGGGCUCCAUUAUCGCCAGUUGGACAACGUACGGCACCCUCAAGAUGCACAGUCAGUGGUCGUGGAAGCUGCCUAGCAUAUUGCAGGCGUUCCCAUCGGUCAUCCAACUUUUCUUGAUCUGGCUCGUGCCCGAGAGCCCCAGAUAUCACAUCGUCAAGGGCCGCCACGAAAUCGCCAAAAAGAUAUUUGAGCGCUUCCACGGCCCGGCUUCUGGCCAAGAAUUCGUCGAGAGUGAAUACCAAGAAGUAUUGGAAACCAUGGCGCUGGAGAAGGAAUUUGCCAACCGUGGUAUUUCCGAGCUCUGGGCGACCAAGGGCAAUCGACACCGCCUGCUGAUCGUCGUCUCCGCGGGCAUCUUCAGCCAAACCGCCUGGGCGGGUGUUGUCUCGUAUUACAUCUUCCUCGUCUUGAACCAGAUCGGCAUCACGAAUCCCAACUCGCAGCUCAUCUUGAACGGCUGUCUGACGAUUUUCAACAUGUGUAUCGCCACAGGGAUGGCUUUUACGGUCGACCGAUUCGGCCGCCGCCCUCUUUACCUGACAGCAACCUUUGGCAUGUGCAUCUCGAUGACAGGCUGGACAAUCGCCAGUCAGCAGCAACAGGCCCAUGGAACCACGGCCGCGGGUCGUGCGGUGAUUGCCCUCAUCUUCCUCUCCAUGUUCUUCUACAACCUGGCCUGGUCCGGCCUGCUGAUCGGGUAUGUGGUGGAGAUCUCGCCUUUCUAUCUCCGGUCGCGAUACCUUACCGUCAUGCUGCUCAGCGUGGCUGCCGGCUUGUUCUUUUCCAACUAUGUGAACCCUGUGGCGCUCGAAAAUAUCAAGUGGAAGUACUAUCUGGUGUAUAUCAUCUGGCUGGCAUUCCAGUGCGUGGUCGUGUACUUCUUCUACAUUGAGACAAAGGGCCACACCUUGGAGACGAUAGCCAUCUGUUUUGACGGAGAAGAUGCCAAGAUCGGUGGACAGGCGGCAACAGCGAAGGGACGGGAACUGCUCGGGAAGUUGGAGCACAAGGAGGGCAAGGACAGCAAGGCUGUCGAGACGCACAUUGAGCGAGUGCAAUCAAUGGAGUAG